AUGGAAGGACUUUCGGUCGCGGCAAAUGGCAUCGCUGUCAUAUCUGUGGCUUUCCAACUUACUGAAGCCUGCAUCAAACUUUACACGUUUUGGGAGACAGUCGAAGAUGCUCCUCGGGAGAUUGUUGCUAUCAAGGAAGAUCUACGCUUCCUCAUCUCAGUCUUCCAGAGAGUCGAAUCCCAUGGCAACAGUCUUGGUGGUUGUCUAGCAGAAGGUGUACAACACUGCCGAGCCAAGAUUGCAGAUCUGACACUCAUUGUUGAGAGAUUCGAUGACGGACUUUCAUCGCUAUCGCGAAGGCAACGACCUUUGGGUAAAAUUCCCACGGAGCGCAGCUCGAUCGAUUAUGAGGUACAGGAGCUCAUGCUGCACGCCAUGGCACAAACCGCGGUCACUACCUUCGAGCCGACAUCGCUGGAGAUCUAUUCACAAGACGGCUAUACGAUCGAUGAAUGUGGACAGCUGCGGACCAAGACUUUUGUUUAUGCCGAGAAACUGCGGUAUCGCUACAUGGGCAUUCAGAGCGGCCUCGAAGCUGUCGUGGCAUCCGGGGGGCGCAGCUGGCUCUUUAACUGUAACAUAACAGUAACCUGCCCGGUUCCCGAUGACUCACUCAUCUUCGAGCUCUGUCGCACCGGUCAGACCCGUGCUGUCGAAACGCUUCUGGAGAAGGGAAUGGCAAGCGUAGUAGACACGAGCCCCAAAGGAUGGAAGCCACUGCACUUUGCCGCCGCAGCAGGUCACGUCGAGCUUUGCGCUUUGUUGAUUAAGGGAGGGGCAGACAAGUCUGCACUGGUGUAUGAAGGACCUUCUGAUGCGAUCUUAUCGCCCAUAUCGCUUUUCGUCGCAUUUUGUACCGAUGAGCACGCUGAUAUCAAGAUCGCGAUGCUCAGACUCUUCUGCGAAUGCAUUGACAUCGCCGACGCCGACAGUGAUGGCUGGACUGUACACGACUGGCUCAAGAGAGCGUAUGCGAGAGAACGAGUUCCUAUUUCGCGAAACAGUAUUACAUGGCUACUUCACCUUACCGUGAAUGAACAAUACGUCGAAUUUAGCGUGCGCACUGCUUGGUCCGCCCUGCAACACGCCAUGAGAUCUGUUCUCAACCAUGCGCAUCACAACAACUACCUCGAGCACAUUCUCAGUCUUUCUAGCGAAGAGCGUCUGGACAUCAGCAAGAGACACCUACAUGCUAUGGGCUCUUGGCUUGCUCUACGUGUAAUCGGUCGAGUGGUCCUACCAAUGGCAGUGAACGCCGGCUCGUUUCUGCAAAUGAGGGGCUUUGAUUGGAUGGAGGACGUCCUCACACAUAAGGAAUACCUGAAGGCACUGCCUAGUAUCUACUCAGCUUGGUGUAACGCAGUGUUGGACUGCAUUGAGCAGUUGAAAGUGUACAUGCGCGAAGAGCUCGAUGACUGUCUACGCCAAAUGAGCAUGACACGAAGGACCUUCGUCCGUGUGCUGACUCAGUCCACGGAUAUCCCUCACGGCGCUGAAAAGUCAUCAAGAACUGCAUGCACUCACUGCGGAGACGACUAUGGUCCAUUUGCUGGCGGACUGGUCGAACCUGCGCGCAUAGCCGUCACAGAAUGCGUUAAGUCCGGUCACAACUCGAACUGUGUCUGCCACACGAUUCAUAAAGACUCGACGAUUUCAGAAGAGCUUCAGGACUAUACCGGAAUGCUUCAAACGGAGGAUACCAACGAUUAUACGCAAUUGGAUGAGGAGUUCUUCGACGCCCAGCCGCACGCUUUCAACGAUACCGACCUCCAAAACAAUCCUACAUCAAACAUGUUCACCGAUAUAGCGACUUUGCUUUACAGUGCUCAAGGCCGGAUCUGGCUCGGUGAGCACUCAAUAGGGGAGCGCCUGUGCUCGACCUGCCUGCUACUCAAGGAGAAGUACAUUGGCGAAGAUGGCCUGUCUGCUGACUUUCCACCUAUGCCGAGAAGUUUCGAAGGCCUGCGCGUGAAGUGGUGA